CAUCUCGGCUGUCGUUGUCUCAGCGCUGUGAGGCAGCGGCGCUGCUCCCGCCACCCGGCGCGAGGCGGAGGCGGAGGAUGUCUGCGCUCUUUCUCGCUUCCCCUGACAGGCCGGGGCUCCCCGGCUCGUCCUGAGGCGGCAGGGGGCGGCGCUGCUGGGCCGAGCGAGGCUGGGCCGGGCAGGCUCCUUCCUUCCCUCCCUCAUCCCCCCACCCCCUUCCCCACCACCACCCCCUCCCUGCGCUUCGGAACAUGGCGGCGGCGAUAACGGUGGCGAGGGAGUGAGAGGAGGGAGCCCCAGCGCCCGGCGGCCGCAGGAAGUGGAUGUGUUUCCUCUUUCAAGAUCAGCCAUUUGAGAUGCUGGUGAAGGCCACCUUUCUGGUUUGUAUAUAGCCACCUUUCUGAUAAAUUCAAAUUAGAAAAGCGGAGCCAGUUCCAGGGUGAGGACCUGUAAGAGGCAAUAUAAUGCGGAAACCAAGCCCUCAGAAAGCAAUAGACUGGAAAGAUGGCAAAAAGCACAAGUAUGGGCGCCUCUCAGAACCUCCGUCCCAGUACCAAGGUCACUUUGCCUGGGAUAGAUACUUGAAAGAGACAUGCUCCAGCCCUGCUCCUGCCCAUUGCUUCAAGCAGUCGUACACCCCACCUUCCAAUGAAUUCAAGAUCAGCAUGAAGCUAGAAGCCCAGGACCCCAGAAACACCACUUCCACUUGUAUUGCUACUGUGGUGGGAUUGACAGGUGCCCGUCUCCGAUUGCGCCUGGAUGGCAGUGAUAAUAAGAAUGACUUCUGGCGUCUGGUGGAUUCUGCAGAAAUCCAGCCUAUCGGCAACUGUGAAAAGAAUGGAGGGAUGUUGCAGCCUCCUCUAGGGUUUCGACUGAAUGCUUCCUCUUGGCCCAUGUUUCUCCUGAAGACUCUGAAUGGAGCAGAAAUGGCACCUGUUAGGAUUUUCCACAAGGAGCCACCAUCUCCAUCCCAGAAUUUCUUUAAGGUGGGGAUGAAACUGGAGGCUGUAGAUAGGAAAAACCCACAUUUCAUCUGCCCUGCCACCAUUGGUGAGGUGCGGGGUUCUGAGGUCCUCAUCACUUUUGAUGGCUGGAGGGGAGCCUUUGAUUACUGGUGCCGUUACGAUUCUCGUGACAUCUUUCCAGUUGGUUGGUGUUCACUGACUGGCGACAACCUGCAGCCCCCUGGAACGAAAGUGGUGAUUCCAAAGAGCCCAUUCCCCCCAGUGCCUGAUGUGAUCUCUGAAAAGGGCAGCAUGCACAGUGGCACAAAGACUCUCCUGGAACAUCAGCCUGGACAAAGGGGACGCAAACCUGGUCGUAAGCGAGGCCGGACGCCCAAGGCUCUGACCAACCACUCCACUCCAACCCCCUCCAAAGCUGUGGAGCCUUUGAAAUUCCCCAAGAAGAGGGGACCAAAGCCUGGCAGUAAGAGAAAACCUCGAACUUUACUAAAUCCAGCACCCACCUCCCCUACAACAAGCACUCCUGAACCUGACACUAGUACAGUACCACAGGAUGCAGCAACCAUCCCUAGCUCUGCUAUGCAGGCCCCUACAGUUUGCAUCUACUUGAAUAAAAAUGGUAGUACUGGGCCUCACCUGGACAAAAAGAAAGUCCAGCAGCUGCCUGACCAUUUUGGACCAGCUCGAGCAUCUGUGGUGCUGCAGCAAGCAGUCCAAGCUUGCAUUGAUUGUGCUUAUCAUCAGCAUACUGUCUUCUCAUUCCUGAAGCAAGGCCAUGGAGGCGAGAUCAUUUCAGCUGUGUUUGAUCAUGAGCAGCAUACUCUGACCUUACCAGCAGUCAACAGCAUCACCUAUGUCCUCCGCUUCCUUGAGAAACUCUGCCACAACCUACGUAGUGACAACCUCUUUGGGAACCAGCCAUUUACUCAGCAUCAUGUGCAGCACUCACGCGAGUACGACCACGACAGGUACCUACCAGACAGAAGCAUUUCGUUAGAUGGCUCUCUACUGGGACCAGGACGGGGUGCAAAGAGAUAUUUACAAGAUCCCCCUCCAUACAGUGCUCUCUCCCCCAAGUUACCAAAGAAUGACCAUCACCCUUUGGAAGGUGAAACGUUUGUUUUGAGCGAUGGCCUGCCAGGUCCCUUGGAGCCACGCCUAGACCCCAUGGACUCCGCCUUGAAUGCUGUCAGUGCAUCCAGUCCCAGCAGGAAUUCAAGAGACUACAGACUUCAAGGAUACAGGCACCUUCACCAGCCCUCCAGUCUUUCUCAGUGCAGUACCUCUGCCUUGCAUAGACUUAGUGCUGGGGGCUCUGACAGAUACCUUGCUCCUCGAGACACCUCACGGUUGGGCAGCCGAGACCCAUCUGGCUGGACAGUGGAAGAUGUCAUGCAGUUUGUGAGGGAAGCUGACCCACAACUGGGACCCCACGCAGACCUCUUCCGAAAGCAUGAGAUUGACGGCAAGGCCUUGCUCUUGUUGCGCAGCGAUAUGAUGAUGAAGUACAUGGGCUUGAAGCUUGGGCCAGCACUGAAACUCACCUACCACAUUGACAAGUUAAAGCAGGGCAAGUUCUGAAAAUGAAUCCUCCUGGUGCAGUCUUGGCCAAAGUGGCGCUCUCA